AUGUCAUCGAACUCAGAUCAGAGCGCCGCGUCGAAAUCUCGAGCGCCAUUUCGAAUGCCAAGAGACAGCCCUGAUGAUUCAAAAGUUGCAGCAAAAGAUGUGAAUGGUCUCGCUUGGAAUCCUUUGGGUCUAUUCACAGAACUUGUGGACUGUUUGGAGAAUAGUCUGUCACUCAUGUCACCUACACCUGUGCAAUCGCUCGUCAUUCCAGAGUUGCUAAAGGAGGAAAGAGAAUCGUUGGCUUUUCUAAGUGCAACUGGUAGUGGAAAAACGUUAGCAUAUUUGCUACCGUUGUUACAACAGCUGAAGCAGCAAGAAAUGUUUGAGGAUUUCGAACGCCGUCCUCGCAGACCUCGUCUACUGGUGCUAGUCCCCACUCGCGAGUUAGCGUUGCAAAUCACAAGCGUUCUGAAAUCACUGUCCCAUUCCAUCAAGAUGAGUUCUCUAGCUUUGGUCGGUGGCCAAGACAAAGGAAAUCAAAGAAAGGCACUUGCCAACCGUCCCGUAGAUGUCGUCGUUGCCACUCCGGGUAGACUUUUGCAACAUUGGAAGGACGAAUCUGUGUUCUUGGGAGGGGUUCAGUCAAUUGUUCUAGAUGAAAUGGACACCAUGUUGGAGCAAGGAUUUCAAAGAGAGCUUAGAGAGAUUCUUUAUCCGCUACUUUACAACAAAAAGCUUGAGAAAGAUAGUACAGCCCCACUCGAACCAAAGAAGAGCCCACCUCAAAUUGUUAUGACAUCUGCUACAAUGACACAGUCGAUUCAAAAGCUCAUUGGAGACAAUCCUAAAACGAGCAAACUGUCAGUUACAGCCAAGCGAUUACAUGGAGGAGGAGAGACAUCACAGGACCCCAAACUACAAUUUCCACCCAUGAAAAUCAUUUCUGCACCAGGUCUGCACAAGGCAAUUCCACGUCUGGACCAAAUCUUUGUCGAUGUUGGUAAUACAGAUAAGAUUAGUCUGUUGGUGGAUGCGGUUGCCUCCCAACGUUCCAAAGCGACAAUUAUCUUCUGCAAUACUGCUUCGUCCGUGCAAGCUGUCCAAUAUGCCCUUACAGAAUCAAGAUUGGAGACACUAUCGUAUCACGGAGAGUUGAACAGUAUCGCCCGCUCGGAGAACCUGCAACGCUUCCGCCAGGGAGCAUCUGGAAAACCGACGAAAGAUGGCAGCGUAGAGCCCAGUAUCUUGGUUUGUACAGACUUAGCUGCGAGGGGAAUCGAUAUACCUGAGGUGGACCAUGUUGUCAUGUUUGACUUUCCUCUUAACGCAAUGGACUACUUGCACCGCAGUGGACGAACAGCUCGCGGUGAAGGACGUGGCAAGGUUACGGCUCUCGUCGCCAAGCGCGACAAGGUUCUAGCCAUGGCCAUUGAGCAAGCAGUUCGACGCGGAGAUGCACUUGAUGGUCUUUCGUCGCGAAAGUCUGAUUACGUUCCUGGCGCUAGGUUUGGUACAAAGAAGAAAACGCCACAAAAAGGAAAACACAGAGGAGCUCCCUCUAAAUCAAGCAGAGCCCCCUCUAAAUCAAGCGGUAGAAGACGAUAG